AUGUUAUACGUAUUACUCAAGAAUAAAUUAUCAUCACAUAAAAGUACUAUUUUAUUUUAUGUUGUUAUCAGUUUAUGUUUUUUAUAUAUUAGUUUUAAUUCAUAUAAAAAUGAUACUGUACAAAGAAUAAAUCUACAAAAAAACGAUCCAACUAUAACUGCUAUGAUCGAACCCUAUACUUAUUCAUUAAUUAAUGAGAAUAAUACAAGCAUAACAUCUGUAUACUAUCGUCAUGCAAUAUCACGUCGAAAUUCAUCAUAUCCAUUUAUUAGUGGUGAUACAUUUCGUGCAUUCGCUGAUUAUAUAUUUGAUGAAACAAGACAAGAUAAUUUAGAAUCUGUCAAAUAUGGUGAUAUUGUUUUUGUUAAAGCUGAUAUGCUAAAGAAAUUUUUUCUUUAUUCAUAUUCAGCAAUAAAAAAUCCAUUUAUUCUUGUUUCUCAUAACAGUGAUGCUUCUGCACCACUUGAAUAUGAAAAUAAAUUAAGAGACAAACAAAUAAUUGUUUGGUAUGCUUCAAAUCCAAGUAUAAGAAAUCAUUCAAAAUUAUUUCCUAUUCCUAUCGGACUAGCUAAUACACGUUGGCCAGCAGGUAAUCUUAAUAAAUUGAAAUAUGCAUUUGAAAAUUAUCGAAAACCUUGGUCGAAUCGUACAACUUUAUUAUAUGUUAAUUUUGAUAUUACAACAAAUAAAAAAGAACGUCAAGCUGCACUUUCACAAGCAAAAAAAUUUCAAAAUGUUCAAAUUAUACAAAAAAGAAUUUCAUUUGAAACUUAUUUAGAACAAAUUGGUAAUACAAAAUUUGUUUUAUCACCAUCAGGUGGUGGACUUGACUGUCAUCGAACAUGGGAAGCAUUAAUGAUGGGUGCUGCACCAGUUGUUCUUUCAUCUGGACUUGAUUCAUUAUUCAAUAAUACAUCAACAAUUAUCAUAAGAAAAUGGUCAGAUUUAACAGAAAAUUUUUUAUUAUCAUACAAUUUUUCUUCGUAUGACAAAGUAACAUAUUCGGUCUUAUUUGCUCGAUAUUGGCGUGAAAGACUUUUAAAACAUCGUCAUAGAUAG